AUGAGUGCCAUUAUCAACGACUGCGAUGUCUCCCUGGAGGAUAUCAACCCGAUGAACUGGAAGCAAGGCGGCAAGCGCAUGCUACAGGAAAAUACGUACCAGAUUGAUAUUUUCCGCCAAAACCGGCCCUGGCCGCCCCCUAACAAGCCAAGACAGAGCUGUUGGGGCUGGUGGAAAUUCGUUCUGCAGCAUUAUGAUAUACGCGGCGCUGGCUGGGCGAACCAUGACUGGGGACAAAAGUCACUUCAGCCAGCAAUUAAUCCGUGUUGUGGACCGGGAAGCCUUACUGGUUGGAGCUUCAGAUACUUUGACCAGCCCGACGAGCACGGGUACGAGAAUUGUGCUUACUUUCCUUCCGCCAACUAG